GAUGUGUUCCCCUGCCUAGUUGCUGUGUUCCCCUGCUUAGUUGAUGUGUACCUCUGUCUUGUCCUUGUCUCCCUCUUCCUAGUUAUUGUGUCCCCCUGUCUAGUUGUUGUGUCCUAGUCUUGUAGUUAUGUCUCCCUGCCGCUUCGGACUCGUCAUGAUAUGCUGUACGACCUCAACAUCAUGCGCGAGCAUUUUGUAAGGCUCCACCAGAUGAUGCCAAGCCAGUGGAAGAAGUCAAGGAAUCACUUACAAAAAAGCAGCAAGAGAAUGGAGACAAAGUUAUAAUACUCCAGAGACCUGAAGACUCUCUUAUAGAUGAGAAGCUGCAGCAAAAUACUAAGAAGUGUGAGGAGACUCCCAUGAAAGACAGACCACAAGCAUUUGAGAAUGACAAGGAAGAGAAACCUGAACAGUCAUAUGAUAAAAAGAUCAUAUUCCAAGUGAAUCAUGACCACCACACAAAUGAGAGGCAAGAAGCAUCCCAGAUGGGUGAGUUGCCAGUCACUGAAGGCAAACAUGAUAUAAACACUGACUUUUCCUGUAAUGAAAAACAGGUUAGGUCUGAAGAUGAGCUAACAAUGCCACAGGAUGUUACUGUGUCUGCCUCUAAAGAGGAACAAGUGGUGAAGGAACAUUCCCCAGUAGAGAAGUCAGAUGACAGAAGGGCGACAGCUCAGAAAAAACUACAUGAUCUUCUUACAUCAUUGGCUUCAGCAGAUCCUAUACCAGUGGAGCCCAUGGUGAGGCUCUCCAGGCCAAAAGCUCGUCAGAAGAAAACUGGGACCUUCAAAGAGCAGAAGAAAGCAACUGAACAGCCAACUGAAUCAGUCAUUGAACCUGAACUUGUGCUCGCUACAAAAGAAGUGGCCGAGAGUCUAGGUGGUGACGUGGAGACCACCGAGUCGGAACUGUUAUCUACUCUGAGAUUACACUCCACAAGUACAUCAUGUGAUGACAAACCUGCCAUUCAACUGAGUGACUUGUUUGUGGGUAUGAAAGUAGAAAGAAACCCAAGGAAGCCAGUCAAAGACUUACCCCGCCAUAAACGGUACGACCAAGAUACUCAACAGUCAAGUCCAAGAAGUGGUGUGGAGUAUCAGAAAAUGUGGCCAAGGGCUACUGGUAGACCUGUACCCAGAACACUGGCUCGUGUUGAACUUUUUGGCACCGAGCAUCUUGAUAUUUUUAAUGCCAAGUCACUAGAGUGCAAGAAAGAAGCAGUGCCUACUAGCACUUUACUGCCAGUGUGGGAGGUUGCACACAAAUGGGAGCUGCAGCAGUCUGUAUCCCACCCAAAUGACAAUGCUUUCACUGAAAUGAUACAGUGGACAAAGCAAGGCAAAUUAUGGACAUUCCCAAUUAAUAAUGAAGUUGGUUUGGAAGAGGAAAAGAGUGUUGGUUUUCAUGAACACAUUUUCCUGGAGCAGCACCUGGAGGGUUGGUGUCCACGACGGGGACCUAUCAGGCACUUUAUGGAACUCGUAUGUACGGGACUUUCUAAAAAUCCCCACCUAACUGUUGAACGUAAACAAGCUCACAUUCAGUGGUAUAAAAACUAUUUUGCCGAAAAGGAAGAAAUACUGAAAGAAAUUGGAGCAAUAGAAACUUCCCAAUAACACUUGGGAAUUUUAAAUUAUUAAAAUAUUGUUGAUUAGUAACCUAAAAUUUUGUGGAAAAUUAAUUUGUUAAUUUCUUUUAAGGAUAGUCUCAGAAGAGACAUGCUGUAAUUAUUUUAUUUAUUUUUAUCAUUGUCCUAUUGUUUGAGCACAACAACUUUUAGGCAAGAAACCAAAAGUUAUGUAAUUUUCAACUUUAAGAUUUAGAUCUGCUGUCUUCAGAAGUACAGUACUCUCCAAUGUUGCAGUUCCCAUAAUGGAGAAUCCAACACUUACAAAUAAAGUAAAUUAAUAUACAUUAGAGAGUUUUGUACAGUAUUACAGGCUGGCAGAGUCAACAGCAUGUCCAAUCCCCUAGUUGAUGCCAUGCUCCUUAGUCAUUUAUGAAGUGUCUUUCCCCAAUGUAGCCAUCCCCUCCUUCUUUUGUGUCUUCCUCAAUUCUAUCUUCUUUCUAUUUCCUUCAUCAACCACAUGUGAGUUAUCUCUCUAAAACCCAACUUUUUCCUGAUCCCUUUCUUCUCUCACCCGGUACAGUCAGACCAUACAUUACUUUUACCAAGAGUGUGAUAGGGUUGCUGAGCGUGAUUGUGACGUUAUUUGCCUUUUUUAUUAUUUGAAAAAGUCAAUUCAUACUGAAAAGUAAAUUGCAUUUUGACAAGUGACAGAAUGGGGUGACUGGUAGCUCCAUGAAUUACUGAAGUCUGUUAUACCAUGGGUACGUUAUACGUGGAACUCCCAUCUAAUGUACUGUAUAUGGAGGUUUCACUGCACUACAUUUCAUCACUAAUUAGAUCACCACUCUUAUUUAACUAAUGAUAUUGCUCUUGUAUGUAAAGAGUGAUGUAUUAUGUUUCCAAUUAUUCAGAAAGUUUUCCUUGUAAAGUUAUUAUGAAAAAGGAAAUAAAUAUAACUAACAAUAAUUGAUCAUUUAACAGUUUGUUAGGUAAUGUCUUAAACGAUGGGAUACUGUAUGUAAAGACACACAUCACUCCAUGAAGCAGCUAAAUUCUUGCCUAAAAAUUAAUCUUCCCUAAGAAAAAUAAUUCAAAUAACAAUGAAGUAAAGUAAAGAUCAACUGCAAAGUUUUUGAAAAUUAUUGCACAUAAAUUGGUGAAAUGUUUAAUGUUAUCAUUGUAAACUAUGUAAAUAAAACUAAUUGUUUUAA